AUGUUCUCUUCCUCCUUCACUGCCAAACUCGGCACCAACUACUGCCCCCGGGAUGAAGAACUGGACGAAAUUCGGGAACUGCUCGUUGAGCCUUCAAAGAGGCUGGAGGAAAUCGAGCAGCAGAUUCAGAAGACGACGAAAAUAUUGGGACAACUGCGCGCACAGCAGGCGUCGCUUUUAGCCCAUGUUGAAGCUCACAAGGCGCUUAUAUCGCCGCUACGGCGGCUUCCGGUGGAAUUGGUGGAGGAGAUAUUCUCCGCGUGUCUUCCGGUGGCUCGGAACUGCGUGAUGAGUGCAACCGAGGCCCCGGUCAUCCUGGGGCGGGUGUGCCGUUCGUGGCGAACGAUCUCCCUUACCAUGCCCCGGCUCUGGUCACGGCUCCAUAUUGUGGAGCCUACAAGACCAUUCAACUCCCCGUACGGUGUAUUUGAGUCGAAGCUCUCGCAGAGGCUUGAGGUGACCAAGACUUGGCUGGAGAGGUCGGGUGAGUGCCCGCUCUCGAUCUCAUUAGAGAGCAACCUCGACCACGGCCUCACCCCUCCCCUCACACCUUCGAAUCACACAUCGCUCAAUACGAAUCUGUUUCUGGAAGCACUGCUUCCAUAUGCGGCUCGAUGGCAGAACAUUAGGCUUGUCGUCCCGCCAUGGGCGCUCGAGAAUCUCUCUCGGUUAACCGAGCACGAUGUGCCAAUCCUCCGCCGCCUCAAAAUCUUCCAGCGUCCAGACCACCCCAACAGCGCACCCCAAUGGGCCAUAUUCGAUCUCUUUCGUGCGCCUCAGUUGGCCGAGUUCUCCAUCUCGGGCAGCAGCGUCAAUCCGUCUGCCCUCCCGCUUCGUUGGGAACAACUCACCUCGCUGUCGAUCAUAGGACCGGCGUGGGGUGUCGGCCACAUCCAGACGAUGUCCAAUGUGCUCCGUGUGCUGAGCAAGUGCCCGGCGCUGCAAGUAUGCAAGCUGCUUGUCAAUGCUUCCGAUGCCGUCGAGCUUCACAGUACAGAGCUCAGAGCAAGAUGCCCUGCAUUACAUACCAUGGAGCUCACCUGUGUUGGAGCCCCGUUACAGACUGCUGACCACCUCCUCGCCCGACUCUCGUUGCCCGUUCUGCGGAAUUUCAGACUUCGGGGUCAGGGCGAACCGCACGCCGGUUCAUGCGAAGGCUUUGCAAACUCUCUCGCAGCGCUGUCAACUCUGGAGACCGUCACAUUCGACGGUGACUCGUUUUCCAGGGCUUCGCUCGCCAGCGUCGUGCGGCGGUUGCCAUUGUCACUGCGACGGCUGCAGAUAGCCGAUCUGGUUCAUACAUGGCACGCGAACUUCGAGGUCGGCGUUCUGGAUGACGAACUCUUGAAAGCGCUGAGCCCAUCGCCGCUAAACCCGGACCCCUGGUGUCCUGGACUGCAAGAGCUCGUCAUCACACACUGCAAUAUGGUUUCAGACAUGGGUUUGCUACAUUUCGUGGAAUCACGGAUGUCGAACUAUGGGGGGAGACCGCUCACGACAGUGCAGGUGUCGUUUGAUCGCGAGGAGCAGAUGGACAUUCGGCCGAGGCUAGAAAAGUUUGGCCUGAAGCUGAAUCUGAUGUACCUCACGCCUGCGCCGUUCCAGUUCUCGCCGUGGCAGGGACUGCGGGAGGGGUCGGGGAUGUUUCCGUUUACUCCGUAUGCGGCGUUCUGA